AUGGCCAGACAAAUCCAAUCCGACUUGAUGUCUUCUGAUCUCAACCUUCCAUUCCGUUUUGAAGGAGCAUACUUCAAAAGGUGGAAACAAAAGAUGUUAUUUUUCCUCACGCUGAAGAAGGUGACCACUACUUGUACUGUUGAAAAGCCGAAGGUUUCAGAAAAAGAUCCUACAAAAGAACAACUAAAGAAUCUCGCCACCUGGACAGAAACUGACUUCAUCUGUAAGAACCUAAUUCUUAAUGGUCUUACUGAUGAACUAUAUGAUUAUUAUAGUACCAUGACUACUACAAAAGAAGUGUGGGGUGCACUACAAAAGAAGUACGAUACUGAGGAAGCAGGAUCGAAGAAGUACGUUGUCAGCCGAUACCUGAGAUAUCAAAUGACUGACGACAAAUCCGUGGAGGCACAAUCACAUGAAAUCCAGAAAAUAGCCUACGAGAUUAUCAGUGAAGGUAUGCCACUCGAUGAUCAAUUUCAAGUUGCUGUUAUUAUUGAUAAAUUACCUCAAUUAUGGAAGGAUUUCAAGAACACCCUAAGGCACAAAACCAAGGAGUUCUCGCUGGAAAGUCUAAUCACGAGGCUAAGGAUAGAGGAGAAAGCAAGGAAGCAUGAUAAAAAAGAAGAGGUGAACGCUAUCCGCAGAAAGAAGCCCACUCCACCUGGUCAUUUACCUAGAAAUUGUAGAAACAGGAGUCAUCCUGCUGUGCAGGCGAACCUGAUAGAAGAUGAAUUAGUAGCUAUGAUAUCUGAAGUUAAUGUGAUUGGGGGGUCUGAAGGUUGGUGGCUAGACACCGGUGCAUCCCGCCAUGUCUGCCAUGACCUUAGUCUUUUUAGAAAAUAUAAUGAAGUUAAGGAUAAGAAUAUCCUUCUAGGAGAUCAUCACACAACCAAGGUGGUCGGUAUUGGAGAAGUAGAACUGAAAUUCACAUCCGCCAAGACGCUUGUGCUGAAGAAAGUUUUGCAUACUUUAGAAAUUAGAAAGAAUUUGGGAUUUUGA